CCGACGUUCACCUCGUGUGCGACAAGUGCGACUGCUUCUCCACCCAACGUUCCUUCCGCAUCGGGUCCAUCUCGAGUCUCUCCUUACGCUUUCCUCCGCCGCCUUCUCCCACAUUGUGCCGCUACGCUUGCGGCUGCGACGACAUCGAGGCGGAGACGUACCCACGUUUGCGGCAUUUCGCGCUGCUGGCCAAGACCGUACUUGCGACAACCACGUCGGCAUCCAUCGAAUGUACUCUCGAUCCGUCGCGUCGUAAGCCACUCGUUUUCUGACCGAGGACGGAGUUCUUUGACUGUACAUGUGUCGCUUGUGUGCUGCGACAUAUCCUCUCCACAUCUCCACCUUAUAGUAGCAACGACUAUGGCCGAGCAUCGUGAAAGCGAGACGCCCAUUCCCACAACCGAAAAUGGCCAGCCGGACGGCGUGCAGAGCUCAAUCACCGACGAUCAGUAUAGCGCCAUGCUGGACCUGCUCAACAACAUCUAUGACUACCGCCAGCCCGACGGCCACGACCCAUCGAAGCUAUUCCACCGCAAGGUCAACAAGCGCAUGGUUCCAGACUACUACGAUGUCAUCAAAGAGCCCAUGGCUAUGAGCACCAUCAAGUCGAAGCUCAACCAACGCGAGUACAAGGACGUCCAGGAGUUCGUGCGCGAUUGGGCCCUCAUAUCGCACAACGCGCAGGUCUACAAUGUGCCAAAGUCCGGAGCGUAUCAGGAUGCUCUGGUGAUCAAGGAUCUUGUUCAGAAGGAGUUGGCAAAGAUGGUAGAGAGCAAGCUUAUCACAGAAGAGGAGGCAAAGAUGCCAUUCUUGGGCGAGAUCCCUGCCCAAGAAGACUAUCCGAUGGAUGAUGCUGAAGAUGAUGAUGCAGAGGGCGAUGGCUCCGAAGCCGAAGACGAAGAGGAUGACGAGGACGACGAGAUCGACGACUCAGACGAAGAAAGCGGUAAACGACGAAAGCGGCGAGGUCCACGCUCAACUGCGGCAAUUUCCAAGCGCGAGAAGAGCAAGUACAAGGACGACGACGAUGAUCCAGAGGCACGAAAGAAGCGUGGCCGCCCUCCACGAGUGGAUACACCUAUGGAGGCUCGUAUAAAGGAAAUUCUCAAGUCAAUGCGAAAAUUCAAGAAUUCAAAUAACGCGUUGAUGGUCUACCACUUCGAACGCCUUCCAGACAAGGCAACCAUGCCCGAAUACUACGCUGAAGUUAAAAAUCCGAUCGCUUUGGACGUCAUCAAGAAAAAGCUUAAGCGCAAGAAGUACAACGGUAUUGAGCCAUUCAUGAAAGACAUCGAGCUCAUGUUCGAGAAUGCAAAAUCGUACAAUGAGGACGAAAGUCAAGUGUAUCAGGAUGCAGUGUUCCUUCAGAAGGAGACGAGAAAGAUAGCAGAGGAAGUGAAGAAGAAGCCAGACUCAGAAUUUGUCAUGGAAGACGGCAGAAUCCCUAUGCCCGAUGGUAUCUUACACAACGGCGAGUUGUGGAAAGUCGGUGACUGGGUACACAUUCAGAAUGCGAACGACCUCACUAAACCUAUUGUUGCGCAAAUCUACCGUACCUGGCAAGACACUGACGGCAACAAGUGGGUGAAUGCAUGCUGGUACUAUCGCCCCGAGCAGACGGUUCAUCGCUACGAUCGACACUUUUACGAGAAUGAAGUUGUAAAAACGGGACAGUACCGCGAUCAUCCUAUCGAAGAAGUCGUCGACCGCUGUUUCGUCAUGUUCUUCACGCGCUACAACAAGGGCAGACCACGAAACUUUCCCGCGGACAAAGAGAUAUACGUCUGUGAGGCGCGUUACAAUGAAGAGAAGCACAAGCUCAAUAAAAUCAAGACGUGGGCGAGCUGUUUGCCCGACGAAGUUCGAGAUAAGGACUAUGAGAUGGACCUGUUCGACGCGCCGAAGAAGAUGAAGAAGGUGCCCAGUCCAAUCAAAUACUUGUUCAAGGAGGGCGAGCAAAAGGAGACUGAUGAGAUGCCGAAACCAGUCUGGGGAGCGCCAAACGCGCCGCCAAAGAUUGGCGCCGUCCACUGUCGGCCAAGAGAUCCUAAGGAUUCACCACCCCCAGAACCAACUCCAAGUCCUCCUCCUGCGCCUCCACCAGCUCCUGCACGCUCUACAUCUGUUCUUGCUGCACAUUCAGGCGCAAACGGUUUUUCAGCAGAUUCGCAUCGGCCGCCAGAUAUUCAAGUGCCCGGACCGUCUACUGCUACUCCAACUCCGUCUCACCAUCCGCACCAAACACCGUCCACGUCAUACGCAACGUCGCAUUACCAACAAGCGAUGCCAUCUCCAGCGCCCAUGCUCCAGCCAAUGCCACCUUCGGCCUCACAAUAUCGGCCAGCGCAACCGCCACUCACUCCAUCAUCUUCAUCAUACCAUGUGCAAUCUCCAGCUUCGUUGGCUCAGCAGACUUCACAAGCAACUCAGCUCCAGUACCAGAAUACAUUUGCUGGUGGGCCAAGCGGACCGACUGGCUACCGACCUCCGCAGGUGAACGCUCCGCAGCCGACGAUGACGCAACAGCAGCGAUACGAAGCAAAGCCUGAUCCAGAAGUUUACUAUCUUCCAGAUCACGCGAAUAACUCUAUUCCUGAUGACAUUCGUAGACAAUUUCAAUGCGAUGCUUACGGCCGCGUCCUUUUCUUCACGGCACCACCGGUAGAGACGCAGCACAAAGGUCCAAAACUAGGUCACACAGCGAAAUAUCUCGCGUACAAAGCUGAACGACAAGCAAUGGUUCAGGAGAAAAAACGCCAGCGUUUUGCUAUGGAUUUUCCUAGAGAGACCCAGGCAAACAAGCGCGCGAAAAGCGAGGACUUGGAGAAGUUGAUGGUGGCCGCAAACCUAGAAGCGAUAGAGAAAAUUAAUGAAAUGCUGGCUGAGGCAACUGUUGGAGAAUACCAGGCUACUUUCAGGCAGAAGUGGCAGGAAGCUAUGAACAGAGAUUUGAAAGCCCUCGAGGCUGGACAAGAUAGAGUAGCAAAGUUGAGGCAGGCAAAAGCAGAACGUGAUGCCGAGCUUGAGAAGCAUGGAAAACUGGAACUGAAGAUUAAAGGAUUGACGGGGUCUUUGGAAUAUGCUGUCAGGACUUGAGGUGUUUGCGAGGACGAUGUCGAUGCUUUCUUUAGAAAAGGUGGGAAAAUCUCGUCCCCGACGUCGAAUGGGACCAGUAGGCGACGAAAGUGAAUCUCAGUGUGUUGCAGCUCGGACAAGGAAUGAAAAUCCUUCAUUCUAAACCUCAGGCUUUUAAGCCAAUCAUUCUACGAUAGUUGAUAAUCAAAGAAUACCUCAUAGGUACAAAUGGAGAGAAUUUAUUCAAGCGA